AUGGCCAAUUCCACUGUGGUGACUGUGUUUCUCCUUGAGGGCUUUGCUGACACACGGGAGAUUCAGAUCCUGCUCACCAUGUUAUUCCUACUGACAUACUUGGGCACCCUGCUGGGGAACCUGCUCAUUGUCACCGUCACCACUGUGGACCGGAGCCUUCACACCCCCAUGUACUUCUUCCUCAGGAACCUCUCCAUCUUGGACAUGUGCUACAUUUCUGUCACUGUCCCCAAUGCCUGUGUCAACUCCCUCACUGACAACAGAGCCAUUUCAGUGGCUGGGUGUGCAACUCAGAUAUUCUCGGUCAUCUACUGUGCAUAUGUGGAGGUGCUGUUUCUCACCACCAUGGCCUGGGACCGCUAUGUGGCCAUCUGCCAGCCUCUCCACUACUCCACUACUGUGAAUGACCGAUUCUGUGUACAGAUGACCCUGGCUUCCCUACUCAGUGGCCUCAUCUAUGCAGGCGUGCACACUGGCUACACGUUCCAGCUGCCCUUCUGUGAAUCCCACGUGGUCCGUCAGUUCUUCUGUGACAUCCCCUCUCUGCUCAGCCUCUCCUGCUCUGACACCUCCAGCAGUGAGCUCUUACUCCUGCUCUCUGUUGUGCUGGUUGUUGGUGGCUGCUUCAUCUUCAUCACCAUGUCAUAUGUUCGUAUAUUCUCCACCGUGCUCAAGUUUCCAGCCCGAGAGCAAGGAAAGGCCUUUUCCACCUGUGUCCCACACAUCCUUGUGGUGUUUGUCUUCCUGAGCUCUGGCGCCUGUGUGUAUCUGAGGCCCUCUGUGACCUCUAAAAUGGUUCAGGACACAAUUCUUUCUGUAUUCUACACUGUUGUUCCUCCAUUCUUGAAUCCUGUCAUCUACAGUCUUAGAAACCAACAGAUAAAGGGAGCUAUAAGGAAAAGAAUACUACGGAAGUUUUAUUUUAGAAAAUUAUAA